UUUAUAACUUGCGGAAUUUUGCUAUCGGCGGGCAAGUGGAUGACUAUCCUUAUGGUGGCGGAGCCGGAAUGUUAUUAAAAAUUGAGCCACUGGUGCGGGCUUUGGCUAUUAUUCAAGAGUCUUAUUCUAACAGUUAUCUUAUUUUACUUUCUCCCCAAGGAAAGACUUUUCAACAAAAAGACGUGCCGCGCUUGCUGAAACAAUCACCCAAUCUGGUUUUCAUUUGUGAAAUACCCGCCUUGGCCAUUACUGACGCUUUAAUUCGGGCUAUCCCGGGAGUUAUUCCAGAACAAUCUUACCAGCAAGAAACUUUUACUAAUUCCCAGUUAGACUUUGCUACUUAUACCCGCCCUGUCAUAUACGAGGACUUAAAA